UCUGGGACGGCAGCCGGCCCUGUAGCAAGACCUGAGCAUUGUUCGGCACUCGGCUGCAGUUCCUUGAACGAUUGCUGGGCGCUCUUCCUUUGAUGUCUGGGCGUUCGUGUAUUCUGUGAUCUUUUGCGGCGUCUUCUUGGUUGAUGUCUCUAGAGCGGCGGCGGCGGCGGUGCCAGGUUCAGAACUGAGUUAUUCCGGAGGCCCCGGGCUCUGGCCGCUUUCUCCCGCCGGUCGGCUGAGCGGAUCCCUCGCUUCCUUCGGCCCCUUCCCGCCUUCCGUCCGUAGCCCGUUGCGUCUGCUGGUCUACGGGCCGAGCUCUCACCCGUCUCGCAGAUUUCCAUGAAGACAGCUGACAAGGACCUGAAUGGCCUCAUUUUAGCUGCUUCUGUGUGUGGAGCUAUUAUUUGCUCCUUCAGUUCUGAUCCCUGGUGUGACAGUGGCUCCUGAGCACCAUGAAGGUUGUCCCAGAGAAGAAUGCUGUUCGGAUCCUCUGGGGCCGAGAACGGGGCACUCGUGCCAUGGGUGCUCAGCGGCUUCUGCAGGAGCUGGUAGAAGAUAAGACACGGUGGAUGAAAUGGGAAGGCAAGAGAGUAGAACUGCCUGAUAGUCCACGCUCGACCUUCUUACUGGCCUUCAGCCCAGACAGGACUCUCUUGGCAUCCACACAUGUGAACCAUAACAUCUAUAUUACAGAGGUUAAGACUGGCAAGUGUGUUCACUCUCUGAUUGGACACCGCCGUACUCCAUGGUGUGUCACUUUUCAUCCUACCAUCUCAGGCCUUAUUGCUUCUGGUUGCCUAGAUGGGGAAGUUAGGAUUUGGGAUUUACAUGGUGGCAGUGAAAGCUGGUUCACAGAUAGCAACAAUGCCAUAGCAUCCUUGGCCUUCCAUCCUACGGCUCAGCUUCUACUGAUUGCCACUGCCAAUGAGAUCCACUUCUGGGACUGGAGUCGGCGGGAGCCCUUUGCUGUAGUGAAGACAGCUAGUGAGAUGGAGCGCGUGCGUCUGGUUAGAUUUGAUCCACUUGGACACUACUUACUGACAGCAACCGUUAACCCUUCUAAUCAGCAGGGUGACGAUGAACCAGAAAUUCCUAUAGAUGGAACAGAAUUAUCUCACUACCGCCAGCGUGCCCUCCUGCAAUCACAGCCGGUUCGCCGGACACCUCUCCUUCACAAUUUCCUGCAUAUGCUGUCCUCCCGCUCCUCUGGCAUCCAGACCGAGCCCUUCCAUCCCCCGGAGCAGGCUUCGUCAACGCAGCAGGACCAGGGCCUCCUGAACCGGCCGUCUGCCUUCAGUACAGUCCAGAGCAGCACUGCGGGCAACACGCUCCGCAACCUCAGUCUGGGUCCUACCCGUCGCUCUUUGGGGGGCCCUUUGUCUAGCCACCCUUCUAGGUAUCACAGAGAACUAGCCCCUGGGCUGACAGGUUCUGAAUGGACCCGGACAGUACUCACUCUCAACUCACGCUCUGAGGUAGAAUCUAUGCCCCCGCCCAGGACCAGUGCCUCUUCAGUGAGUUUGCUGUCUGUGCUGAGACAGCAGGAAGGCGGCUCUCAGGCGUCUGUGUACACUUCAGCCACAGAAGGAAGGGGUUUUCCAUCAUCAGGGCUGGCUACUGAGUCAGAUGGAGGGAAUGGUUCUAGCCAAAACAACUCCGGCAACAUUCGCCAUGAGCUUCAGUGUGAUCUUAGACGCUUCUUUUUGGAGUAUGACAGGCUGCAGGAGCUGGAUCAGAGCCUGAGUGGGGAAGCUCCCCAGACCCAACAGGCCCAGGAAAUGCUCAAUAAUAACAUUGAAUCUGAGAGGCCAGGUCCUUCCCAUCAGCCCACACCACACAGCAGUGAGAACAACUCCAACCUGUCUCGGGGCCAUCUUAAUCGCUGCCGUGCUUGCCAUAAUCUUCUGACCUUCAACAAUGAUACCUUGCGCUGGGAAAGAACCACACCUAACUACUCAUCUGGAGAGGCUAACUCUUCCUGGCACGUCUCUACCACCUUUGAGGGCAUGCCACCAAGUGGCAACCAGUUGCCACCUCUUGAGCGGACUGAGGGCCAAACACCUAGCUCCAGCAGGCUGGAGUUGAGCAGCUCAGCUAGUCCACAAGAGGAGAGGACUGUGGGGGUGGCCUUUAACCAGGAGACAGGCCACUGGGAACGAAUCUAUACCCAAUCCAGCAGAUCUGGAACUGUAUCACAGGAGGCCUUACAUCAAGAUAUGCCCGAAGAAAGCUCUGAGGAAGACUCCCUCAGGAGGAGGCUGCUGGAGUCUUCCCUCAUUUCAUUAUCCCGUUAUGAUGGAGCAGGAUCCAGAGAGCACCCAAUUUACCCAGACCCAGCGAGAUUAUCUCCUGCUGCAUACUACGCCCAGAGGAUGAUCCAGUAUCUCUCACGGAGAGACAGUAUUCGCCAGCGCUCCAUGCGCUACCAACAGAAUCGUCUUCGUUCUUCCACCUCUUCUUCCUCAGACAACCAGGGUCCAUCAGUAGAGGGAACCGACUUGGAAUUUGAGGACUUUGAGGACAGUGGUGACAGAUCUCGGCACAGAGCUCCCCGCAAUGCCAGAAUGUCUGCACCUUCACUUGGACGCUUUGUCCCAAGGCGUUUUUUGCUGCCCGAGUAUUUGCCUUAUGCUGGGAUUUUUCAUGAACGUGGACAGCCUGGCUUGGCUACUCACUCUUCUGUUAACAGGGUACUAGCAGGGGCAGUGAUUGGAGAUGGACAGUCUGCUGUUGCCAGUAACAUUGCCAAUACUACCUACCGGCUCCAGUGGUGGGACUUCACCAAGUUUGACCUUCCAGAAAUCAGCAAUGCCUCCGUGAAUGUCCUGGUACAGAACUGCAAGAUCUACAAUGAUGCCAGCUGUGACAUUUCUGCAGAUGGCCAGCUCCUGGCAGCUUUCAUCCCAAGCAGCCAAAGGGGCUUUCCUGAUGAAGGCAUCCUGGCAGUGUAUUCCCUGGCCCCCCAUAACCUGGGGGAAAUGCUCUACACCAAGCGAUUUGGUCCCAAUGCCAUUUCUGUGAGCCUGUCUCCAAUGGGCCGAUACGUAAUGGUGGGCUUGGCUUCACGAAGGAUCCUGCUGCACCCCUCCACAGAGCACAUGGUUGCCCAGGUCUUCAGGCUGCAACAAGCCCAUGGUGGUGAGACCUCCAUGAGGAGAGUUUUCAACGUCCUUUACCCCAUGCCUGCUGACCAGCGGAGACAUGUCAGCAUCAACUCUGCCCGUUGGCUACCUGAGCCAGGACUUGGUUUGGCCUAUGGCACCAACAAAGGAGACCUGGUGAUCUGCCGACCAGAGGCCUUAAACUCUGGUGUUGAGUACUACUGGGACCAGCUAAAUGAGACGGUCUUCACUGUCCACUCCAACAGCAGGAGCAGCGAGCGGCCUGGAACCAGUAGAGCCACAUGGAGGACAGACAGAGACAUGGGCUUGAUGAAUGCAAUUGGGCUGCAACCUCGGAACCCUACCACCUCUGUGACAUCUCAGGGCACCCAGACUCUGGCCCUCCAGUUGCAGAAUGCUGAAACACAGACCGAGAGGGAGGAAGAGGAACCAGGGACAGCAUCUUCAGGUCCUGGUGAAGGCGAGGGCUCAGACUAUGGUGGCAGUGGGGAAGAUGCCCUCAGCCGGAUCCAGCGGUUAAUGGCCGAGGGUGGCAUGACAGCUGUGGUACAGCGAGAACAGAGCACCACCAUGGCCUCCAUGGGUGGCUUUGGCAACAACAUCAUCGUCAGCCACCGCAUUCACCGCAGCUCCCAGACAGGCACAGAGUCAGGGGCUGCUCGUACCUCCUCACCCCAGCCCUCCACCUCUCGGGGACUGCUCUCAGAACCUGGGCAACAGGCAGAGCGAGGCCUAAGCCCCCGGACAACCUCCUGGGACCAGCCUAGUACCUCUGGGAGAGAACCACCUCAGCCAGCCCUGCCGUCUUCCUCCCCUGUCCCCAUUCCAGUCCCCCUUGCCAGUAAUGAGGGACCAACCAUGCACUGCGAUGUGACCAAUAACAGUCACCUUCCUGAGGGUGAUGGCAACAGCAGGGGGGAAGCUGCAGGCCCUAGUGGGGAGCCACGGAACCGGUAGAGUCCCAAACAGGCGCUGGUGCCUCCCCUCAACCCCGCUGAACAGAAGCUGGACCUCACAGCUGGCUGGGAACUGAACACACAGAAGAGCUGAUGCCUGCAUCCGGGAACAGGAGGAAUGAGAGGGUGGGGCGUGGAGCCAGCUGGGCAGGGGCAGUCCAGAGGGCAAGACUAGCCUGGGGAAUAGAGUCCUCCAGGAUCUGGAGCCCAGAAGAGCCACACUGCUGGGCCUGGUAUGAAUUAAGAAGCAAGUGGGUGUCUCUUCCACAAACCCCCCUUUCUCCUAGGGUCACUGGCCUAGGGGACUCAGCCCCGGGCAGGAGCCCCAGAAGAAUGAAGUCUUCCAGAUCUAGACUACACCAUCCUGGGCAGAACAGUGGGACAGUUCUUCCUUGCUGACUCCUAGGGGCAGAACCACCAGGAGCAGAGGAGCAGCCUACCCCAUACCCACAUUGCCUCUGACUCUAAACCUUCUGGAGUUCCAGCCUCUCUGUCCUCUCAGCCCGCAAAGACAGAAAAGUUGGCCCAGCUUCCAUGUAGGGGACUUCCUAUACUCACAGCGUGGACACCUGUGGAGUGAAGGAAGCAGCCUGCUUGCCUGACACAGGAUGGAGCCAAUGCAUGGUGGUGGGCGGGCCCUCAGGAGUGGGAGAGUGUAGGCUGGCCCACCCCCAGCUUGUCCACCAAGCUCCCCCCUCUCCCCAAAGCCCUUCAUGCAGCACCUAUAGGUGUCAGUAUUACCUGAGCCCAGGCCAAAGCCAGCCCAAGGCUGGAGGGAGAGAUUCCAGGUCAGAAUGUGAGGUGUUGGUCUGUGAUUCGAGGUGUCGCAUGCGGAAUCCUGAACUGUGCGUGUAGUUGUAGUGGAGAAAUCAAGGCUCUGAUCAUUUUGUUUUUAGUAUGAAAAUGUGAUUUCCUUUCUGUUUGUCACUCAUCAUAGAAACAUUGUGGAGGGAGGAGAGGGGAUAGUCUACUGCUAAUGAGGGAGACACCAAAGAUCUGCAUCAUUAAAGUGAUGACAUGC